CGACUUCAUACUAUGUAGCGGUUGAUCACGCUAGCCGUCUGACAAUCCGUUGCCCCCUUUCCCGUCUCCCCUCCCUUCCCCUUCCCUCUCUUUCUCUCUUUCUCCUUCUCUCUCUUCUCCAUGGAUCCCAUCUCUGAUCGCCUAGACGAGAAAGCUGCUGGACAGAAUGGUCAAGUACAUAAGAGGCUCUUCAUAUUUUGUGACGGCACGCGGCAGGAUGGCGUAAAUGCGAAUCGUCCCCUGACAAAUGUAGCCACCCUUGCCCGGUGCCUGAAUGGUGUAGCCGAUGACGACUAUCUCCAAACGGUUUACUAUGACAACGGAGUUGGCAGUGCGUCCAGCCCUAUCGCUAAACUCAUCGACGGUGCAACCGGGCGAGACAUAUCGACCAAGAUUAUGAAUGCUUAUAGCUUCAUUUCGCAUAACUACAACUUCAGCGACGACCUGGACGAGAUAUUCCUGGUUGGAUUCUCUCGAGGAGCCUUCGCCGUCCAAUGCCUUGCCUCCUUCAUCAGCCAAGUCGGCCUGUUUCAGAAGCAGCACUUGUACUACCUCCGUGGUAUGCUCGCCUUGUGGGAGAACCAGAACUUCAGGCGUCUAGGCCGGAACCAAAGGAACAUAGUAAGAGACAAGCUGCACAAAUAUGUCACGAGGUUCCGUAACGAGGGCCUACUACACCAGGUUAAGAUCAAGGCCUGCGCCGUCUGGGAUACAGUCAGCGCUUCGGCAGUCCCAAUGCCAUGGCCAAGGCCCCUGUCCUUCGUGGGGAAGGAAAUCCCCAAGGCCGUCGAGAACGCGUUCCAGGCUCUCGCCCUUGACGAGGCCAAGAUGAAGUUCGAGCCAUGCAUAUGGGAAUCCAAGGAAUCCGCGGACACCUACGCCAGACAGUGUUGGUUCCUAGGCUCACAUACUGACGUUGGCGGCAAUAACGACGCCGCGCUCGGCGUGGUGCCGUUAAUAUGGAUGAUUGGACAACUGCAUGCCAACACUGAUGCCAGUUUUAACAUGCUAGAGGUGACCAAACACCUCAAACACAGGUUCCUCGAUUGGAACCUCUCUGUGAACAAAUUCCUCGGGCAGUUCACAGAAACCGCAGUCUUCUCUGAGACGUCAAAUCCAGGCCGGAUGACGAGGCCGUCGUGGCACUGGUGGCUCUCGGGGCUCCGACCUCGAGGAUACCACCUGAAGUCGAACCACCACCACCCGGAUCUCAAGCUCGUCCACUUCACGGUGCGGUUCGCCAUGGCCGACGGCGGGAGCCGAUGUAAGGCGCUGCGGAAGUGGAAGACGACGGGCCAGGGGGACGGCACGGUGCGGUGGCAGCUGCGGGAGAACGUCCUCUUCGAGGACAAGCUGAGCGACGACAGAGACUGCAAGGAGUACGAGGAGUACGAGAUGUUCGCGGCGUGGCGCGAUGGCGAGCACCCGAUCGAGCAGACCGACAGGACCGCUUUCGCCGCCCACGUGCGGGUCCUGAUCCAGGAUCAGACCGAGGAAUCGGAGGGGAGCCUGAACUACGUUUACGAUCUCCUGGGGAGAAACUUUUAUUUCGACGGCGACCAGCUUGCGCCCGAUAUAAUGUAUUCACCGUAGCCGGUGUUGGGAAGCGGGCGCACUUCGUGGGGUCACGGCGGGCAUAUAGAUCGGCACCGGUGUAGUAAAGGAUGAUUCCCGUAACCCUCACAUACUAUGUAAGGAUGAAGAGGCGCCUUCGCGCUCAGUCCAGAUCGAUUUAAGCAGCGAUAAUAUCCAAGACCUUCGGUUAUGAGAUGAGAGAUAAGGAAUCAUGUUUCCUUCCGUCAAAGUCGAAGCCAGGCUCUAUAUACUACUAUAUGACUAACAGGGACGGGCAGAGCUGCGCUUAUCAUAACGA